CCCCCUCGCCAUGGCAUCCCGCUGGCACCGGAAGCAGCCGAGGGAGCCCGAGUCAGACCGAGGGUGAACCGGAGUGGGGAACCAACUUGCAGCGCGCCGAAGAAACUCCCUCUGUUCCCCCAGACCCACCGAAUGGUUUGGCGGACGGUAGCCAGGGACACCGCGGCGCUGGGAGCUUUGCGACAAGGAAACACACCGUACGUGGAGAUAGAGACAGAGAUGGCCGUAGUGCAGCAAAGUAACGCGUUUCACCUCCUCGCCGCGUCGCUAUCCUAGGCUACCUGCGAUCCACGACCGCAAACUUUUUUAUCCGCGUCGCGCUGCUCCGCCGCCGUCUACAGCGGAAAGUGUGUUCCUCCCCUCCUGCCUCCGCGUCCGUAUACGCUUUGCAACCACCUCCAGGGAGUUACACAUGGUUUAAUCGUCUUUAGUUUCUCAGGAACAUCCGAGGUAGCCCGUGAGACCGGCGGAGGAGGCACCAGUGCUUGGCGGUCCUACCUCCACGCAGGCGCUCCCCGGUGGAUCCCCUUCCAGUCCGUCUCCCGUCGUUUGUUGAGCAGCUGUCCGGUGUCUCAUCACCACCAUGGAACUAUCCGCACUACACGCACACCGCAGAGAAACACGGCGGCAGAGGACGGCUCACUCCCCGGCGACCCGCAGGACAAUGCCGGCCAUGGGCGCGCUGUACGCGGUGGGCAUCGUCUUGUUCCAAGCUCUGUCCACGGCCACCGCCGCGAUCCAGUUCACCAAGGAGCCCAAGUCCCAGGAUGCAUUGCACGGCCGCAGUGCCAUGCUCCGCUGCGAGGUCAGCGACCCGGCCGACGUCACCUACCGCUGGCUGCACGACGGCCAGCCCCUGCAGAGCAGCGAGCGGCGCUUCCAGGAGACCAGCAACCUCAAGUUCACCGCCGUGGACCGCCUGCUGGACGCCGGCAACUUCGAGUGCGUGGUGGAGAACACGGCCUCGGGCGAGUCGCUCCACUCCACCAACGCCUCCUUCAACAUCAAGUGGCUGGAGAGCGGCGGGGUGACCCUGAAGGAGCCGGCGUCGGAGGCGGACAUCGAGAGCUCGGCGCCGGUCACGCUGCGCUGCCACAUCGACGGACACCCGCGGCCGACGUGCCAGUGGUUCCGUGACGGCGUGCGUCUGGCGGAGAAGAGCCACCAGAUCAACAACAAGGAGCGGACGCUCACGCUUCCCAGCGCUAGCCCCGACCACAACGGCCUCUACUACUGCUGCGCCAAGAACGCCGCCGGCCACGUCUGCAGCAGCACCAACUUCACGCUCACCAUCAUAGACAAGAGCUUCCCGCGGGCGGUGGUCACACCUGAGGACCAGGUGGUGAUGAAGAACGAGGAGGCGUCCUUCCACUGCCAGUUCAGCGCCGAGCCGCCCCCCACCCUCCAGUGGUUCCACCUGGGCGAGCCGCUGGCCAACAAGUCCCGGGUGAUCCUGUAUGACAACGGCACGCUGGUCAUCACCCAGGUGAAGCCCAGGAACACCGGUGUGUACAAGUGUGUUGGGGUCAGCGCCCAGGGGCCCCGAGGGCCCCAGGUCGCUCUGGAGGCCUCUCUCCACAUCGCAGAGCUGGACGACAUGGUGCCGCGGCUGUCCCAGGUGUUCACGGCGGACAGCAUGCAGCGGGUGGCGUGCCGCGCCCCCCGGGGCCAGCCGCCCCCCGAGGUGUGGUGGGAGCGGGCCGGCCAGCGGGUGGCCUCGGAGGGCCGGGUGUACCAGGACGGCCUGGACCUGGUGUUCAGCCCCACGGAGCAGGGCGACUCGGGCGUCUACACCUGCGUGGCCCAGAACAAGGCGGGCCGCAAGACCCAGGAGGUCACCUUCACCGUGGCCACUGCCCCCGUGUGGGUGAAGAAGCCCGCCGAAAGCAGCCUGGAGGAGGGGAAGCCCGGCUACUUGCACUGCCACGCCCAGGCUAACCCAGAGCCUGUGGUCAUCUGGAUGCGCAACAGCAUGAUGAUCUCCCCCGACGACGGCCGCUACAAGCUGUUCCCCAACGGCACCCUGCGGAUCAACAACGUGGAGGUGUACGACGGCCAGGUGUACGGCUGUGAGACCAAGACGGACGCCGGGAAACUCGUCGGCCAGGCCAGGGUCUGGGUCCUGGAGAAGCUGAAGUUCACCCCGACACCGCAGACCGCCCAGUGCCUGGAGCUCGACAAGGAGGUGGUCAUCCAGUGUUCUGCCACCGGCCGCAGCAACCCCACCAUCCGCUGGACCAAAGCAGACGGAGGAGACCUCCCGCCCCACGUGGAGUCGCGCUACGGCCAGCUGGUCUUCACCAAGGUGACCCGCAGUGACGCCGGCAACUACACCUGCAUCGCCUCCAACGACCAGCAGGGGGAGAUCCGCGCGCUCGUGGCCCUCAGUGUGGCAGUGUUCAUCCACUUCAAGCUGGAGCCUGAGAACACCACGGUGUACCAGGGCCAUACCGCCACCCUGCACUGCCAGGCCACCGGGGACCCAGAGCCACACAUCCAGUGGUUCGUCAAAGAGAACCUUCUGGAGACCAUCAAGGACCCCAGGUUCCAGAUGAUGCCCAACGGCUCGCUGGUCAUCCAUGACGUGAGGACGGACGACACGGGGCGCUACAGCUGCGUGGUCGGGAACAGCUGCAACAUCAAAGACCGCAUGGCCCAGCUCUACGUCGUGGAGAAACCGAUCCACUCGUCGGAACACGAUGACAAGGCGCCCUACAAGUUGAUCCAGACCAUCGGGUGGUCGGUGGGGGCGGCGGUGGCCUACAUCAUCAUCGUCCUGGGCCUCAUGUUCUACUGCAAGAAGAGACGCAACGCCAAGAGGCUCCAGAAGGGGACGGACGGGGAGGAGCCCGAGAUGGAGUGCCUCAAUGGUGGCGCCGUGCAGCAGAACGGCCACACCACGACGGAGAUCCAGGAGGAGGUGGCGCUCACCAACAUGGGCUCCACGGCGCCCGGCGACAAACGCCACAGCCACGUGAGCAGCGACAAGCUGCAGGUCCCCCGGGCAAACCUGAACACCAUCACCACCCUGGGUAAAGGGGAGUUUGGCGAGGUGCUGCUGGCCAAGGCGCGGGCGGAGGGCAGCGAGGAGGAGUCGGUGGUGCUGGUGAAGAGCCUGCAGAGCCGCGAGGAGCAGCUGCAGCUGGACUUCCGCCGCGAGGCCGACAUGUUCGCCAAGCUCAGCCACGCCAACGUGGCGCGCCUGCUGGGCGUGUGCCGCGAGGCGGAGCCCCACUACACCGUCAUGGAGUACUGCGACCUGGGAGACUUGAAGCAGUUCCUGAGAAUAUCCAAAAGCAAAGACGACAAAGUCAAAUCACAUCCCCUCAGCACCAAGACCAAAGUGUCCAUCUGUGCCCAGGUGGCUCGCGGCAUGGAGCACCUGUCCAACCACCGCUUCGUGCACAAGGACCUGGCCGCCCGCAACUGCCUGGUCAGCAGCCAGCGCCACGUCAAGGUGUCCGCCCUCGGGCUCAGCAAGGACGUCUAUAACAGCGAGUACUACCACUACCGGCAGGCCUGGAUCCCGCUGCGCUGGCUGCCCCAAGAGUCGGUGUUUGAGGACGACUUCUCAACCAAGUCCGACGUGUGGGCCUUCGGCGUGCUGAUGUGGGAGGUGUUCAGCCUCGGAGAGCUGCCCUACACCAAGAUGGCCGACGACGAAGUGCUGGAAGGUCUGCAGGGCAUGAAGCUGAAGCUUCCCGUCCCUGAGGGCUGCCCCUCCAAGAUCUCCAAGCUGAUGGCACGCUGCUGGGCCCCCAGCCUCAAGGAGCGCCCCUCCUUCACCGACAUCGUCCACGCCCUGGGAGACCUGCCCUCGGACAGCAAGGUCUGAGCAGGGGGGGAGGGAGAGGGGGAGGGAGACUGGAGACCCUCCGUAGACGCCUAGACCCACCCCACCCACCCGACACUCGCACCCCCGAAACAACAACAACAACAACAACAACACAGAUGCUGGAUUAUUAGUCACACAUUUCAGGGAUGGGCAUCUAGGAGCGAACUCUUGGCCGUUGUUUUUAUAUUAUUAUUAUUAUCCUCAUCAUCACCGUUGUGUGUUUUUCGUGUGUAUUUUUUCACAACGCGGGGUGUGUGUGGACUGCAGUGGAAGACGUUUGGCUCGACCCUUGGAAACGACCCGUGCUUUGUAGUGGGUCGUGCAGGAGCGACGUUGGUCGUGAGCCGUGUGAACGAGGAACCACCCCCUUCCCCCCCUUUUUGCCUUAACCACAGCAUGUAGAGCGCUCUACAAGCCCCAGAGCCCCACACUCUUUGGUCCCUACGGACAACCUGCCCCCCCCCCCCAUCACCCCCACACCACCGCCUCCCUAAGGAUGGUUCUGUCCAAGAGACUCUGCGACGCGGCAUGCAAGAGUACCUGUGCCUCCGCUCUGACCUGCGACCUCUCACUGCUGUUUUAGAAACCGUUGAUUAUAAGGCCACGGCGUCGGAUGAUAGCCAUCAUUUGUUUUGAUUUUUGGAUGGCCGGAUGGCCGGCUGUGUAAAGGCGGUCACUCCCUGCACUCGGCCUUCUCAGGAUACCGCAGAGGGGAAGGAACUCAUGAGUGUAAAAUGGAUGGAGAUAGAGUGCGGUUUAUGCUGGCUUUCUUCCGGACAACUUCCUUCACAACGUCCUGUGACUGUAAACACAAUAACUAACCAUGACCUGUUUGUCCAGCAGGGGGCACUGUUCUGUGUGUGUGUGUGUGUGUGUGUGUGUGUGUGUGUGUGUGUGUGUGUGUGUGUGUGUGUGUGUGUGUGUGUGUGUGUGUGUGUGUGUGUGUGUGUGUGUGUGUGUGUGUGUGUGUGUGUGUGUGUGUGGGGGGGGGUCGUAAAAGAAACUUAACAGACAAUGUUCCGAUCCUCAAUCAGGAAAUUAAAAUCACGUCUAUUAGCCAAGUAAGCCCCUGAGAGGAUGAGAGAGUGUGUCAGUGUUUGUGUCACCUUAAUCGGAUUAAGGUGCUUUGUGGCGGCUACUUAGGAGUAGUGUUGCCCAUUGAGCUCAUGCGUCACGUUAUCACUUGCUGCAGGGCAAACGCAGACUAUCAACGCUAUAGUCCCCAUCCUGGUCCAACAGCGAUUCCCUAUACUGCGAUCUGGACUAUAUCGUCGUGCAAUGUUGCAGAGUGGACCAUCCCCACCGGAGAUGUGUGCAUAACGUAGAAGCCAUGCACUAACUUCACUUAAAAAAAAAGCAAAAGAAUUGCCCUGUUUAUCUCUUUCAUUUUGUAUGCGUAGGACACGGUGCCUGUUUAUUUAUAAUGAAGGACCGGUCUUUUUCUUUUUGUAUUGUGUGUUUAUAAUAGAAAAAGGUACUCUUGGACACUUGUUAGCGUAGUCAUGCUAUGUAUUCAGUAUCGUGUUCCAUCGGGUUUGGGGGAGAGUUAGAUAACCGGCUAAAACAUGUUAACACAUAGAACCGAGGUCCAGAGAGUGACUGCUGGCCGUCAGUAUUCAUGUUAAGUGCCUGGUAAAUGAAGGAUUAUCUUACCUGUUUUCCCUGCGCGUCUGACUUUUUUCAGUAUCUAAUCAAAUGCAACGAAUGGCCUUCUCUUUUCUGUUUAUAAACUAUAGUUUUUUUUUAUACUUUUUAAUGUAAGUUUGUUUAUUUUUUUAAUAUGAACACUAGGCACUCACACCUAGACCUCUUUUUUUAAUCCGCUUCAGCAAAUGUUUCACAGUAAUCCUGUUAUAGACGGUCUGCUGUCAAUAAAGGUUCACAGUGUUUUUAAACCAUGGCGUACUUUCCUUGGUGUGGAUUCUUCUGUCGGGUGAAGCUUAUUCCGUUAAUUAUGUUACAAUCCACUCGUGGUACACUCAAACUUUAGAGGUACGUUUAUAACGGCUGGCUAUAAAAAAAAUAAUUGGCACGCAAAUGUAUUCUUCCUACUGUGUUCAGUUCAGACUCUCUGUAUCUCUAAACCUUUAUCAUAAUUGCUGCCACAAAAGGCCAAUAAAAAAAAAAAGUCAAAGCUGGCACCCAUUGGACUACAUGCAAUUUUCCCAUGCAGAAAAAGGCAAAUUAAGAGUUAUAUUGGAGCCUGGAAAAAACAUCACUAGGCCUUAGAUGGAAGAUUGACAGGGAAAUGCUGUUAUCGUGGAGUCACUCACACACAAAGCAUUGAAGUGUGUAUUUUAAAGGCUCUGAUUAACAUAUUUCAUUUGACUGCAUGAAAUUGUUGUACAAAAUAUUCAACGGAUAAGGUGAACAACUAUGCAACCCUAUUGGAGAAAAGACAAUAACAACUUUUGAGGAGGAAUACAUUGGAGCCAGCGUCUACUCUUAAGGUAAGAUGGACCAUUGGAAUCCACCAAACAUAUGAAAAUUAGAGUAACUCUAUUGACUCUUCAAAGCUUUUAUAGUCUCAUCACAUAGAACAGACCUGUGUCAAGGUAAUUAGUGCUUUGUUUGCCUAUUAACUAGAACAUAGCUACAGCAGUGGAUGUUAUUAUAUAUUAUACAUUAGGUGUACACCGUUUAUUUUGUGUAAGAGCUUAUGGUAUAAGAAA